AUUUUUGUCUCCUGUUUAUAACAUUUUCUUCGCACGUCUUUUUUUUUUUUCGUUCUUGUCAGUCCUUGUGAUUGUGACUACUUCUUAAUACCUUUUUGAACCAUGCAUUAGUAAGACUAACGAUGAACAUGAAAAUGACCUUGUUGUAGUCUGCGAAGACCAAGACGAGUCCUUCUGCUGCUACGUGCAUGUGAACAAUCCGUGUUCGGUUGAUUCGGGCUUGACGGAUCCGUUAGAACCUGUCCCAUUUGGUGUGCACCUAAGUAGACGCAACGAGCAGUACGAGUCGUGCUACACCAGCUACUAGAAGUACAACAAUAGCGAAGAGCGUCAAGUCCCUAAGAAACUUCUAGUUGUCCUACGAGUGGACAUAAUCAACCUCGCUCACUACUCGGUCGUGAACAGCAAAGUAGUAACAAGAGAAGAAGACACGACUAGAAGAGGACUUCUGCUGCUACUACAACUGCUAGUGCUACUUCUACCGUACUAUUAGACUUCUACAGCGAGCUACACUACUAGAAGAGGACUUCUUCUGCUACUACAACUGCUACUUCUACCGUACUACUAGACUUCUACUGCUACACUACUAGAAGAAGACCUGGUGUACUACUAGAAUCUACUAGAAUCGACCUCCCACUGAAACAAGAAAACAACGCCCUGUGCAAAGAAGCACACGUUUGGCGCGGACAAAUCGCCAAGUAGUCCUUGUUGAUUUUGCAGUUGAACAUCGGUCCAUUUAUUUUUCAGCUGCUUCUAUACGCACAAGAAAAGAACAAGAGGAACAAGAGAACAACAGGUUUCAAGAGGAACAGAACCAAGUAGAGUUGCACGACAAACAACAUGAAGGUUGGCACGACAUCUGCUGCGUCGUCCUCACGGACGCUGCAUGAAGUCUUAGACGCAGACGAAGAUCACCUCCUUACAGAAGAAGGAGUGACAAGACAAGAUUUGAUUGUUAUGGCACUGCUGCAGUCUUCCCUCCCUGUAUCUAAAAGAGGUUGGUAUCUAAAUGGUAGGAAGACCAAAGUCACCCAGUAAUAUCGUUCUAACUGGGCGGCGUGUUGAGUAUUCACUACUCCUGCCACUACUUCACCACAGCUUAUUAUUCCUUUCACCACAGCUUAUUUUCCCUUAAUAGUACCCUCAUGCUUCUCUCCCUGCUCACGACACUUCCUCUAAAGUGGAGGUGUUACUAAAGCUCACAGAUCAGAAAGCAGUGGCGAGGGAGUGCCACCAUAUGGCUAUGGUCUUAGAAAAGGAAAGGAAUUGGCAAAAUCAGAAAAUUGAGGAGGAUAAAGGUACUUGAACUUUUUAAUUGGCAGAAUCAGAAAAUUGAGGAGGAGAAUGAAGUUGCUUCAACUUUUUGAGUCAUUCCCAACUCCAACAAACUUACACUUUUUCUGCAGUUUAUCUUGUUGAGAAGUGAUGAAUUAUGAGUAUAUAGGCUAUAGCCUAGCCUUCUAAUAUUUACCAUAGCCUGACCUUCAAUGUCUGGAUGAUCGAACUUUUUUUCAGUUGAGCAGUUAGAAGACAAUGUAAUAACGGACUUCGCGAGACGGCUUGUGGGCGUCUGCAAGCAAGCUCCUUUGAGGAUGAACGACGGAGAGCGACAGACAUGGAAAAUCCUCGAAUGCGCCUUACAAGUGUCGGAGUACUUAUUUCGAGGCAUGUUGAUUACGAUCACCACGACUGACUAUCUAAAAAAUGUAGCACAGGAACUACUCAUCCGGCUGCAUCUUCGACUAUCGAAAUUUACAACUCCUUCUACUCUUCGUCUUCAUCGUGGUGCUUACCACAAUUAAUUAUGUUGUAUCCUUUCAUUGUAAUUCAUGUUCAUCUAGUAAGGCCAGAAGAGUAAUUUGGAUUAGAUCCUCCAAAAAUGCACCAGGUAUACCGACAAAAUAGACGUGCUAGGUUUGGCGAGGAGUAAGCUAGACAUGAUUCACUCUGAAAUCCUGCGGUUGUGUAAUAUUAUAGCAGGAAUGAUCGUAUCGCACAGCUACGAGAGGGCAAAAAGCACACUGAUGUCCUCCGAAAACCUGAUACAAGUAUGAAGAGGAUACAACUAAGUUUGUAUCUUAGGAUAACUGGUUCCCUUCCGCACAUGAAAAAGUGCAAAGGAAGGCUCUGAAGUAGUAUAACAACACGUCAAGGUUAGGUACAAUCAUCAUCAUCGUCAUUGGUAUUAUCUGGAGCUGCUGCGUCCAUCGGUAUUAUCAUUAUCUACAGCGGAUUUCCAUUUCUAUCUCCACUAUUCCUAGCUCCCGCCCACUACCAAGAGCAGUUCUUGAUACUUUUAUCUCUCCUCCCUGUCUCUACUUCUCACUGUCUCUACUUCUCAUGACCCUGUUGAUUCUCCUUUCCUAAAUGCAAGAACAACAUAAUAGUACCUCAUAUCGAACAACCUCCGUUCCUAAAUGCAAGAACAACAUAAUAGUCCUCCCUCACAUCGGCCCCCUACAACCCUUACCCCACGAUUACCUCUUCAUACCGAAACGAAAACGUUUAUCGACGAGUUUUCGAACUGGGGAGAAGAGCGAAGAUAAUCAAUCCUAACAUGAUGCGCAGUACCUACGGGAAAAUGAUGUGGAUGCUCAUGGACGCCAACAUUAAGGCUUUAUCUUAAGUAAGAUAAAACGUAAUGAAAAUAUCUUCUACUAACUAGACUACUAAGUAAUAAAACCGAGUAAAACGACCUAAUAAAAAAACCGUCCUGAUAUAACCUACUAUAAAACUAGCAUAGCCUAAUGAUCGUAGACUACUGCACGCAGUUGUAGUACAAAGAACCCUAAGUACUUCUCCACGUUAAAGUUAGUACUAGACUACCUAAUUAUAACUAGACUACUAGAGACCGACGAAGAGUAGCUGAAGUUCGAAAUCAAAUCGCUUAGACUGGCGUUACUGAGAUGAAAGGAAAGCAGGGGUCACUGAGAGUGUCACAUGACAGGGGAAAACUAAGGGAAAACAGGGGAGUCCUCUGGUAGUACCGGAUCCCGUACUGAGGUAAGCGUAUAGCUCUAAUAAUAGGCCAGAAAUUGCGAAAAAUCUAGGCUUCAAUCCGGCGAGUGGAAAAGUUCUUACGGUAAUAAUGGAAUUGUGACGUUGCACUGCCAGCUGAGUCAGAAUAUCAAUAUCGCUGACGCUGAUACCAGCUGAGUCAGAAUAUACUUGAUUCUUUCCGAAAUUCACCGAGCAACCUCUUCUAGCUUGAAUUGUACAGUUAGAGUUGCACUGAUACUUACUUCUCACUUUGUUUUCAAAAAAAAAAAGGUGUACGAAUUCUUGAUCUCCAAGCACCGAGAUGACGCGGAAGCGUUUCUGAAAGAGCCACUCCUGGAGGCGGCGAUAUUGGAGAUAGACGGCGAUGGGAAGACGAGGGAGGAAAUCCAAGCGUUAGUCAAAAGAAAAGAAGAUGCAGUGGCUGAAAUAAAACGAAAGUACUAUAUGAUAGAGUACUUAUAAAUGCUGGAAGAUCAUUUGGAUUCAUUUAGAUCAUCUAGUGAUUCAUUUAGAUCAUUUAGUGGUCGCUGAGAUAAAACGAAAGUAUUGGACUUAAAUUCGUGGUCUUCGUUUAAGAUUAAUCAUUCUAGUGCAGCUGGGGGUUUUUUUUUUGAUAUCAAUUCAUUGUUUUCCAGUCGUUUCUCUGAAAUACAUUAUUUCGCAAGUGCUGAAAUGUUUACACCUCGAUUCUCUUCAAUAACACGACCUGCUCAACAGGUAUGGUCGCCGUCCUUGUCCUACUGGGUCAGGCCCUUCGGUAGGAGAUUUACUGAAAGAGUUUGCCGAUGAGGGCAAGGAGGACGGACCUCCGCAGCCAAGAGAAAGGAUGACUGUUAUGGAUGAGUAGAUGAGUUGAUUAGUAAAAAUUGUAAUACUACAUUUGUUACAAUAGAAAGGAUGACUCUUAUGCUGGACGAGAUGAUAGCUUAAUUAGUUGUAAAAAUACGUCUUACAGCCUACAAUAGUGAGUGUGAGAACUGUUAAGCUUAAGUGAGAACUUUCAACAUCUUCUUGGCUAGAUUUAGUUUUACUAGAUAGAUUCUACAUGAUUGGUAAGAACCCACGGGGGGCAGGAGUAGUUAUAAUCCUGUUUUCUAAUUAGGUCGGCUCCACCACAAAUAUUAAAAAGAAGUGCAACAAACAUAAUUAAAAACCUUACAUACCCCACGAUUGGGUACACUACUACUGCUACUACUAAUGCAAGAGUGGAAGUGGAGACGAUCCUGAAAUCGUUGCAAGACAACUACGCCCAUACAGCCUCAACGGUUCGCCCUGUCGAGAAGAUGAUCGCGCUGUUAGAGAAGUUCUUUAGCUUCAGCAAGACCGGACCAAAACAUUUAGAACAGGAUUUGUCCAUCCGUAGUGGCCAAGCGGGCAGUUGUUUGACGCAUAAUUAUGAUGCAGUUCUUGCUUGUAGUAGUUAUAACCUAAGUUGUAACGGAAUGAAGAUGCUCAUGCUGAUGGGAAGAUUAAGAAUAUUUACUUUCCUUUAUAGAAUUAAUAGCCGGGACGAUAGCCGAUUAGUCUUCUGAGUAAUCGGCGUCUAGUCCUUUCAUGAUCAUCAUGUGGUGGGAAGAAAAAACUCAAACUCUUCUAGAUGCAGCUGUACUCAAAUUUAUCAAGUAGAAGAAGUACAACAUGUUCUUGUACAACAUCAGCCUGAAAAAUUGCAUCUCUUUUAUGCAGUUUUAUUUUGAUACUCAAGUACAUGUAGGUACAUCUACAUGUUGUACAAUACAAGCACAUCUACAUGUUGUACAGUUUUAUUUUGAUACUCAAGUACAUGUACUAACCAAUAUCUGUUCAAUGUCUCUUUCCUCUAACCUCGUCACAACCAGCAUUAUUUAUUUGUGUCGCAGAGUUUAACACUGUGGAAAAACAUCAUGCGGGAUAUGAUUGUGCUAUGGCACGAGGCGGAGAACGAUAUGCUCAACGAGCGGUACAGGCUGACAGACACCGGACAGUUAGGGAUAAAAAUGAUGUUUUAUUAUAUUCUUCUUGUUCUUGAUUUCAACGUUAAGGGUAUGGAGCAGCAACACUAUGCCAAAAGCGAACAUAGAAAAGUGGUUUAUACGCUCACUGCGUCAUAAGUGAGCCCACUCCUAUCCUAUCCUAUCAACGUUAAGGGUUGUUGUAAUGAUGUAUUAAUAUCAAUGAGAAGUCGUAUAGGAUUACAGAUGCAUAAUAUACAGGACAGUUGUUACGGGUAAUCUACUUAGAUGGGCUCAUCUACCUCUUGUCUGUGCCUGCUCGUUGUCGUUACCUCUUGAUCCGAUCACUAUUCUCGAAAUCAGGGUCUUAUUAAUCGUAUUUAGUACCUUCUCUAAGACACGGCCUCAACCGCAUGCAAGGCGCACCCAUGGUGAGCAAGGUCAUGAAGAAGAUCUUACAUCAAACGCAAAGCGAAUGCGCGGCAAAGGGGCAACAGUGGGUCGGUCUUAGCGUGGUGCAUCUAGGUAUUUCUCUUUCAUCUAGUUUGUUCCAGACGUUGUAUAUCAUCUUAGAUGUUGCGUAAUUGUCUACUAGAUUCUAGUAUUACACAUCUUCCUAGUCUAGAAAGAUCUAGUAGUACUCAACAUCUUCCGAAGUCUAGAGUACAACUACUUCAACUUGUUGAAGACAACGACCCAUUGAUUCCCAUACUGAAAAGAACUAACUUGAAGUUCAUCUGAAUAUAAACCACCCACCCUGAAAAUCUUAUCCGCCAAACAACAGGUGACCGAGAUGUUCCGAAUGCACUGGUGUUUAUCGACAAGUAUACCCAAGUCCCAAGGAUAUUGGCUUUAAGGAGUCACACUGUAUCUGUUGAGCUUAAUGUGCAGGGCGGAGGCGGGGGCACCCCCUAAAUCAAUCCUGAACAGUCCUCGUCUACUUACUAAAAACAUGUUAUUAUUUUUUCUAGACAUCUACCAAGUGGCCAUCUUUUCUAGCCACAAUUCAGAUUCUCUUGUCCUACUUCGAAGCUCUUCGCAGGUACAAGCCUCUUCAUCUACUACGCACCUUUUCUUCGAGGGAACGUAGUCUAGUGCAGCAAAACUUUUCUUUUACCUCCUCCACCAACCUCUAUGAAGAUGACUCUCUAAGGUUCCCAAUAGUGAAGGUAAUCGAGCGGCUGCCCUGUCUCGAAAAGGAGUCUGAGAAACUGCGUGAAUUCAUCCAGCAAUUCGGUGGUGCUGAGGAGGCGCAAAGGGUGAUAUUGAGGGACUUUUUUCGCCAUGGAUUCGACGGCUCCGGUGACGAUUAAGGCUAGUUGUAUCACAAAUAAAGGGGCAUAAUUACAAAAGUUCGUUGUUAGUAUAAAUUAUACUACAGUUCUAUAAUAAUAAAUAAGGAAGCACUUAAUCUUAAAUUAAUAGACUUAGACAGCCAGCAUGUUUUCCUCUUUCUACCUUUAUGCUAGUAUCCCUUCUUGCAAUAUACUAGUUCUUAGUGGAGGCGGGGCAAUGUAGUCUUUAACAUCAUGUAGCCAUGAUCCUUGAUGGCUCUUGUUUUUCCUGUGCAGGAUCCAUAACCGAAGGUAAGUAACCUAACCUGCUAACCUAACCUGCUAACCUAACCUGCUAACCUAACCUGCUAACCUAGCCUGCUAGUGCUAACCUAACCUGUUGCACAUAAAGUUGUAGAAGCACGCCCAGUUGUAGAAGUACUUCCUCAGAGGCUUCUUCCCAGGUGGUUUUGGCUAUCACUGAAUGAAUUAUUUCUAGUGCUGGACGAAAGCAAAGGUGGGAAAAAGAAAGCGCUUGUACAACUUACUAGCUCUAGUGUCCUUGUGGUCCUUAUUAAUUUGAUCGCAAAAAUCUAAGACAACGGCGGUUCGUGUAUUGACGGCCGGCUAACGAGCGCGUGGAAUUGGUGUUCCCAGAUCGAGAAGAAGACCUAUUUCCCACUCUUUCUAUUAGCAGGAUGGCAAGGAUUUGACGGCUAGAGGAGUGGCAAGCAGAUUUGACGCUCAGCGGAUGAACAGGAAUGGCAAGCAGAUUGGACUGGAAUGCCAGGUCGUCGUGGGAUAUUUUUUUAUGGUGCUGAAUUAAUAGAGUUUUUAGAAAGUUGCUUGCACAACGUACUACCUAGUGGACGAGUUCAACUUGGACAUGCUUUUUUAAGGGCUAUAACUUGUUGUCAGUUGAACACGACGGUUCUUUGUUGUAACCGCAAGGAUAUUGAUUAUCCUUGGUACUGUAAUCGUAUCCGUAGUACUAGGGUUACGUCGGUUAGUGGAAGACGAAGACGUGCUUUUUUAAGGGCUACUAGUCAGUGAAACACGAGGACGGUUCUCUUCUUACAGGCAGCUAGAAGAAGUAAUAUGUUGACUAUCAUGAUGGGACUCUCAAGAGUUGCUUUCUCAAAACUCCAGUCCAUAUUCUUUAUCCAAUCCACAUUCUUUAUCCAAUCCACAUCCUUGGUCUGCGAUUUAUCCAAAGGAAAGGACAAAAUCUCACAUUCUUGCCAACACAUCAUGACAAAUGGAUUUUUCAGAUUUUUCUCCGGACCACGUGGUCGACAAGACUAGGGGAUGAUCAGCAUCUUUCCUCCAGACGUCGACAAGAAGACUCUUAAAAGAUGGUCAGCGUCCAAGAAUGGUUUAUUUCUUGCUGCUUGUCACGCCAAGAGGUAGGAAGAUCUUCACAUUUUUAUUUCGUGUCCUCGUAGGUAUUCUUGCUGGAAA